AUGGGUCGGAGUAGAGUGGACUCCGCAGCGGCCGAGAAGGCGUGUGCAGCGGUCCGCAACGGCAGCAUGUCACGCUACGCUGCCGCUGCUGCCUUUGGGUUGAGCAAGACCUCGCUACUGCGGCGCCUGAGCGGUGAGUGCGACAUGGACGCACGGGUUGGCCACGGGACUGUGCUGACGAAAGAGGAAGAAAAUGCGCUGGAAGAUGUGUUGCUGUACGCUUGUCGGAACUAUAUUCCUCUCACGAGGAACGACCUGAAGGAGCGUGUGAGACAGCUCUGCAACGACGGCCGGCCGAUCCCAUGGGACCCCGACAAGGGCCCGGGGAAGUCGUGGUUGCAGGGCUUCCUCCGAAGGCACGAUCGCAUCAGCCUUCGACUCGCCCGCAUCUACGAGGCCAACAGGAUGACCUCGCCGGAAGAUGAUCGUCUGCACAACUUCUACAAGUUCUGGCAGGAGUUCGUCAACGAGCACAAGCCAGCACCCGACCACGUUUGGAACACGGACGAGUCAGUGAUAGAGUUGGGUUGGCACUGGUGCGCCAGGUACAAAGUUGAAGAUGCGCGGGCCUCCAGGCCGUCGGUGUAGGCAGCAAUGCCCAUCUCAUCUUCUUUGUGCGCGGAGGCAGACGUCAUCAGAAAGGUGGACGGGCACUAUGUACACGGCCCUAGGUUUGCUAGAGGAAGCUGUACUGUCUCAGUAACCUGGUUUUGCCAUCAAAGGAGGAGGGGACAGGUGGUGACGAACGAGCUGAUUAGGCUGGUUGACCCUUCGGCGCGAGAAUUUUUAGAACGAGAACCCUAAGUGCGAUGAGGGAGAAAGCGAGGAACCGACUGGGAAGGACAG